AUGGCAGGCGGCAGCAGAGCAGUAGAUCGUGCCCGAGCUGGCAAAUUCAACAAGGCCAAGCGUGGAGGUGGCAAGCACUUCUCCCGUGACCUCCGACCUCUUGAUGCCGACGGUAACGAGAUUUCCAUGUGGAGCGAAGACGCACACAAGAAAGACCAUGGUUCCGACUCCGACUCGGACGAUGAGGAGGACUCAGACGAGGAAGACUCCGACGACGAGCCAGGCCCCUCCCGCGCCGCCGCUGUUCAGGAGAUAAGCCGCGAGGACCGCAGGAAGGAGAAGAAGGCGCGCAAGGAGGCCGCGAUCGCCAAGGCCAAGGCCGCUUCUAUCCAAGUCGGCGAUCUCCCUCCCAGCGACUCCGAGGAUGAGGAAGACGACGACAUGCCCGCCAAUCCCAACCACUCCAAGGCUGCGCGGAAGCAGGCCGUUGCCGCUCCGAAGGUCGAGGAGGAGGAGGUCGACGAGGCUGCCGAGGGCGUGUCCAAGUUGAGCGUCAAGCAGCCUCAGAGCCGCCGGGAGAGGGAGUCAGCCGAGGCGGCGGCUGCCAAGGAGCGGUAUAUGAAGCAGCACCUGGCUGGCAAGACCGACGAGGCCAAGGCGGAUAUAGCUCGCCUCCAGAAGAUCCGCCGAGGAGGAGGAGCGCAAGGAGCAAGAAGCCAAGAAGCGUGCAGAGAUUGA